UUUAAUUUAUUGACAAAAAUGUAACACUUCUAUUUUAAAUUGACUAUGUUUUUACAACCGGAAUGAUAUCUGUUUUAUCCAAGUUAAGUUAUUUGUGUAAAUAUUGAAGGUGUUUUAUUCAAGUAAGAAUUCGUUCACGCGAAAACCGAAAAUGUCUUCGAAGAGUGAAUUAAAAAAGUUGUCAGAGGAAAGUUUAACAAGACAACCAGAAGAAGUCUUUGACAUAAUAUGCAAGUUAGGAGAGGGAUCCUAUGGAUCAGUUUAUAAAGCUUUGCACAAAGAAAGUGGACAGGUACUUGCUAUUAAACAAGUUCCUGUUGAUACAGACUUGCAGGAAAUAAUAAAAGAAAUUUCUAUCAUGCAACAGUGUGAUUCUCCAUAUGUUGUUAAAUAUUAUGGAAGCUACUUUAAAAACACUGAUUUAUGGAUUGUAAUGGAAUAUUGUGGAGCUGGAUCUGUUAGCGAUAUUAUGAGGUUAAGAAAGAAGACUCUACAAGAAGAUGAAAUAGCAACAAUCUUGUGUGAUACCUUGAAAGGUUUAGAGUAUCUUCAUUUGCGGAGAAAAAUACAUAGAGAUAUUAAAGCAGGAAAUAUCUUGCUCAACAAUGAAGGGCAUGCAAAACUAGCAGAUUUUGGAGUAGCAGGACAGCUAACUGAUACAAUGGCAAAACGUAACACAGUCAUAGGAACUCCAUUCUGGAUGGCUCCAGAAGUUAUUCAAGAAAUUGGAUAUGAUUGUGUUGCAGACAUAUGGUCUCUUGGUAUAACAGCAUUAGAAAUGGCAGAAGGAAAGCCACCUUAUGGUGACAUACAUCCAAUGAGAGCAAUAUUUAUGAUUCCAACUAAACCACCACCUAGCUUUAGAGAACCUGACCAGUGGAGUCCUGAGUUUAUUGAUUUUGUUAGUGGGUGCCUUGUUAAAAAUCCAGAAGAAAGAGCUACUGCCACUGAGCUUUUGAAUCACGAAUUUAUUGGUAAUGCUAAACAACCCAGUAUUCUGAGUCAGAUGAUUGCAGAUGCUCAUGAAAUACGAGAGAAGCAGAGUGCACAUCGUGCUCAUGUGAUCAAUAAUGUUGCAAUAAAAAACCAAAAUCAGACUGAAGACUCGGAUGAAGAAGAUUGUAGUGGAACAAUGAAACCUUUGCCAGAGGAUACAGGAACUUUAGUACCAAGUCAUGAUCUUCCAGAUACAGGGACACUUGUUUCCGCAAUGUUGGACUUAGGGACAAUGGUUAUUAACAGUGACACAGAUACUGAAGCAACUAUGAAACGUCAUAAUACAGGGUCAGUUGAAUCCGGCAAGAAGUACCGGCCAUUAUUUUUGGAUCACUUUGAUAAAAAAGAAGCACCUGAAAUAGGAAAGGGUAAUGGACAAAUACUUGGAGGAGCUCAUAAUCCAGAUAAUGAAAGUAAAUUAGAAUUACGAAGCCCCACAGAAUCUCAAAGGUUUCAAAGUCAUCUACAAUUACAGCUGAACCAGAUUUCUCAUCCUGUGCAAGAACAACCACAUAAUAACAUAUCGAAGUUUCAGAAUGUCUUUACGGAACGCGACUUCGAUUUCCUGAAGUUUCUCUCAUACGAGGAACUACAGCAACGAAUGGCUAAUUUGGACGCAGAGAUGGAGCGGGAAAUUGACGAGCUAAGAAGAAGGUAUCAAACCAAGAGACAACCAAUUCUUGACGCUAUGGAUACCAAACGAAAACGUCAGCAGAACUUCUAACAGUUUGGUUACUUUUUUUAUGCAAAUAAGUGUGAUGACGAUAGAUAAAGGGUGUACAGUUGUAUAAAUGAAUAGAUUUUAUUCAUCUCGACCUGAAUUUCACCAAAGAGAAGAUGAUUGCCCGAUUAAAUGUUUACCUAAAAAAAAAUGUAAUAGCAAUUCAAAGUAUUUUCCUCUCUUAAUGAGUCAAUGUCUUCCUCUUUGUGAAUCAGAUACGAGUAACUAAUACUAGCCAAU